ACCUAAGUGUGGGCUAAUGUAACCAAGAGGGAUUUCACCUACAUCCAUUCAGUCAGUUUAUGGGGGUUUAAAGAAAUUCCAAAGAGUCAUCAAAAGAGGAAAAAUAAAGGUAAUGUUUUUUCAGACAGGUAGAGUCUUUGAAAAUAUGUGUAAUAUGUAAAACAUUUUUACACCCCCAUAAUAUUUUUCCAGAAUUAACAGUAUAAAUUGCUUCUCUGUUCAAGAGCUUCCUAUCACUCUCUCUAAUCACUACUCACACUAACCUCAACUUCUGCCACAAUGUACAAGAUGCUACUCUUGUCUUGCAUUGCACUAACUCUUGCCCUUGUCACGAACAGUGCACCUACUUCAAGCUCUACAAAAGAAACACGGCAACAACUGGAGCAAUUACGGCUGGAUUUACAGAUGGCUUUGAAUGGAGUUAAUAAUUACAAGAAUCCCAAACUCUCCAGGAUGCUCACGUUUAAAUUUUAUGUGCCCAAGAAGGCCACAGAAUUGAAACAUCUUCAGUGUCUAGAAGAAGAACUCAAAGCUCUAGAGAAAGUGCUAAAUUUAGCCCAAAGCAAAAACUUUCACUUGAGAGAUACCAGGGAAUUAAUUGGCAAUAUCAAUGUAACAGUUCUGGAACUAAAGGGAUCUGAAACAUUCAUGUGUGAAUAUGAUGAUGAGACAGCAACCAUUGUAGAAUUUCUGAACAGAUGGAUUACCUUUUGUCAGAGCAUCAUCUCAACACUGAAUCGAUAAUUAAGUGGUUCCCAUUUAAAACAUCUUAGGUUUCUUAUUUAUUUAAAUAUUUAAAAAAAUUAUUUAUUUUUGAAUGUAUGGUUUGAUACCUUUUAUAACUAUUAUUCUUAGUAUUAAGAUUAUAAAUAUGGAUCUUUUAAGAUUCUUUUUGUAAGCCCUAGGGGCUCUAAAAUGGUUUCACUUAUUUAUCCCAAAGUAUUUAUUAUUAUAUUGAAUUGUUAAAUAUAAUGUAUAUGCAGAUUGGUUAAUAAAAUUAUUUAAUAAAGUUGAUAAAUAUAAA